UCAUCGGCUCCGUUAGGUUUGGAAAUAGAGAUAGAGAGACAAAAAGGCGGAGAGAAUCUAUGGCUGGUGGUGGUGGAAAGAGGCGCGAUGAGACUGGAUGCGCCGGCGGAGAUGCCAAGGAUGAUGAUAAGCUGAUAAUCAAUCAGAUCAUGUUGAGAUUCCGGCCGAUCGCUCCGAGACCUGUUAGUUCCGUCGGUUGCGUACCGUUGAAGGAUGGGAUGGUUUCGAUGAAAAGAGCGAAGAGGAAGUAUGUUCGAGUGAAGAAGAAGAAGAUAGGAGCUGCAGAGUGUAAUUUGACUGUAAAUGAUGAUAAAAGAUGGAUGAAUUUAGAUAAAACGGUGGCGAUGUUGAAGGUUUGUAGCGGAAGUGAGUUUGUUGUUACAGAUCCGAUGGAGAAAGUACCGGAUUGCAUCAGUUUUGAUGUGAAUAAUAUCAAAAUCGGAAGUUUAAUAACACCGGCUCCGCCAUCGUUAGGUCUGCAUGAAGUAGAUCUGGCGAUUCCAGUGAAGCAAGGGCAGGUGGUUGAGUCGUGGAUCACGAUGGAAUCGGUGACAGGUACGUGUGAGGAUGGGCGGCGGUUGCGAUACACCGACGAUGAGAUAUUGAAGGAUCUGGAGAUGGAUAAUUGUCCAGGUUUCACAUCGAACAGUUACGAUGAAGUUGAGUGGGUGAAUCUAGCGUACCGGAGGAUGGUGGAUCCAAAUCCUGAGGGUGGAUCACCGCCACCGGAGGUGUUGGUAUGGCUAGGGGUAAAAGUGGAAAAAUCUAUGGUUGACUGCUACUGGCCAGCUUUCUCAUGCAGAGUGAGAGUUGUUUAUCAGUUAUCGGAGAUCAAAAAGAAGCAGAUGACGGUGCCGUGUGACGUCUGGAAGAUGGAUUCCGGUGGGUAUGCAUGGCGGCUUGACGUCAAAGCUGCUUUGAGCUUGGGGCGGUAGAAUUAAUUAUCGAUCAAGAUCAAUUUUUCCAAACAGGUAAAUUGAUUAUAUAUAUAUAUAUAUAUGAUUAUGUAUAUAUAAGUGUGUU